AUCCAGAGCCUUCAAUAUUAAGCUCUGGGCCAAUCUUAACACUGUGGGUGGGACGAAAGAUGAAACCGCGGAAGAUUCAAAAGGAAAAUGGCGACUACGAAUGAUUCCCAAAACAAUCACAAACUGGACAGGAGGGAAACAAAGUGCAAUGUGUUCAACAGUCAUGAAACAACAAGUGGAAACCAACCUGUCAUCUUUAACCCGGAUUUCUUUGUGGAGAGGCUAAGACACGAGCACCCACAAGCCUACUCGGAUUUGGUCCUUAGUAAUAUCACUCGACUUGUAGAUCUGCCGGGGGAUGAGUUUGCACAGCUAACGGGAGAGUCGGAGCCUAAAGUGCCUUCUUCCACUGGGUUUUUGCGCUCUUUCAACUUCCUCAAACGUAAAGAAAAAGGAGUCAUUUUUGGGGCGCCCUUAACUGAAGAAGGAAUAGCACAGAUCUAUCAGCUCAUUGAAUACCUGAAUAAAAACCUUCAAAUGGAGGGGUUGUUUCGUGUACCAGGCCACAGCUUAAGGCAGGCAGCCCUGAGGGAGAUGCUGAAUGCUGGAGCUGAGAUAGAUCUAGAGACAGGCGACUUCCACCCAAAUGAUGCAGCCACAUUGCUCAAAGCCUACCUGGGAGAGCUGCCAGAGCCUCUGCUCACGCACAGACACUAUCAUGUUCACCUUAAGAUUGGAGAGCUGACCCGCUUCGACGAUAAGGGGGAUAAAACAAAUGUGCCAGAUAAGGAACGUCAGAUUGAGGCGUUUCAGCUGCUUUUCAUGCUGCUCCCACCGGCCAACCGCAGCCUGUUGAAGCUGCUGCUGGACUUAUUGUACAACACUGCAUGCAAUCAGCACAUUAACAAGAUGUCUGCUAUUAAUUUAGCCACAAUGUUUGCUCCUCACGUUAUCUGGCCCAAAAAUGUGAUGGCAAGUGAUCUUCAGGGAAACAUAGAGAAACUGAAUAAUGGCAUUGCAUUCCUGAUCAGGCACUCCCAAAAACUUUUCAAGGCUCCUGUGUAUAUCAAAGAAUAUGCCCGAUUAUACUUCACGGGAUCAAAAUCUCUUCAGUCAAAUGAUGAUUUGACUCUUUGGCUCAGGACCAAAGAUGGAACCAUGGUUGCGACAAAUGCUGCCUCCCCAUCUCCCUCCAUGACAACAAUCACAGAUGAGAUCUGCAGCAUGGCCACCAAGUCAUCUGAGACUCACAGUUAUACCGAGUCUGCCCUCAAAGAGCUGUACCAGCAUGUCAACAAAAUGCCAGAGUCUGCCAAGAAGAAGAAACUCAUCAGACAGUUUGAAAAGCAGCCUGCGCUGACUCCUUCUGCAGACAAACAGGUGCCUUUCAUCAGGAGACACUGGCGUUCACGCUCUUUGGGCGGAAUUAUCAAGAGGAAAGUGUUGGAGAAAGAAAACAGCACAUCGCAGAGUCAUUCAGCCAGCUCCUGAAAUGUUUGACAAGGAAGAAAAACCAUCAACUGUGAUUGUCUGAAACACUGUGCUCUUCAAAACUUGGUGAAACUCCAGACUGUCUUUAUCCAAAGGUUUCUAAGCGAUCAUCUUGAAAGUUUGAAAGAAACAACAGCGUUCUCCACUGGAUGCUAUGUUAAACUCUGCUGUUAUUCUCUUUCUUUCUUGUUUUUUGUUUCAAAGUUGGACCUUUGGAGGUUUGUUUAUAAUCCAAUGUGUGUCUUUGUCCUAAGUUAGCAAGGACGCUACUGCUUACAACACAUUGGUGAGGAUUUUGGUGUAUUUUUUUAAAAAGGUUGGCUCUCUUUCAUCUAUUUUUGUUUUUGUUUACAUAUACAAGUGGCAUUUAUUAUCAAAAGUGAAACUGUGGUAUCUAGUUUUAUAUUGGUUGGAAGCUUUUAUCUAUUUAUUUUUUAUCAGUUAACUGGGUGUUUCAAGCCCUUAAAUAUUUAGGAUCAGAUGUUGUGAUCAGCUAGUACAGUUUUUCUGUUCAAAUGUUUCUUUUUGUUGUGAGAUUUAGGUUUAAUAAGACCAAAGUAGUCAGUUGACAGAUGUGCCUUAAAGUGAAUAUGUCUAAGUUAUUGGAUAAUGGAAAUUUUGUUUAAUAUUAGAGUAUUUACCUUCCAACUUUUCUGAACUUUCUAUAAGGAGUUCUAAGUUUAAAAUGAGAGAUUCAAUACCAAGAGAUGCUGAGUGAAAAACAUUGGAUGAUUGGUUUGAGCAUCAUAUAAAUAUUUUUUGUUUUUGUUUUCACUUUAUUUUUCAAACCUGUGAAUGCUAUCAGUUUGUUAACUACUGUUAAUUUAAGCUUAUUUUGUUUUCUUGUUUUUGCCCUAACAUGACCUGUUGUGGUCAUGAAGCCUGUUUUAAUUCUUAUAUAAUAAUAUACAGAGAUUUAAAGCUCUAUGCAUUCAUAGUUUUAGGUAUAAAGCAAGAUGCUCUUGUUUGUUAUUGUGGGGAUUUUACAUUUUUGUGUGUUUUUAAUACCUUUAUCAGAUUUCAUUGGCAGGUUGAAUCCAAUUGAAGAGGAAUUUGUUGUUGCUCUCAAUGUGUUUUUUUAUAUAGAGGUAUACUGGGAGAAUUUCUGCUUCUGCCACUUUAAAAUCACUCUGUUGUCUUAAUCUGAGUAAAACACCUUUGCAAAGCUGUUACAAUUGAACUAUAAUAUGUCAACUGUUGGAAACAGAUUACACUGAUGCUACUGUGAAGCUAUGCAACUCACUGUUAUGAAAAGACAUUGAGACAUUUUAUGCUUUUUCUAAAUGUUUUCAUUAUGAUUAUAGUGGCUUGUGUGAUGCUGAUUUCUUUUUUUAGCCACAAGGUGAUGCUGUUUAGUUACAAAUGAUUGGUGAGCUGCGGCGCAUUGAGCACAGCAUCUUGGGUUCUGAGUCAAAUCAACUGACCAGAUUCUGUCAUUAUGUGAAAAAUUCACAUUACUGCUACUUCUGUGUUUCACCAUAUACUGUAUUUGCAAAUGCAUCUAUGCAUUCCCACUAUUUUGUAGUAUUUUUUAAGUGACUUGUCUAUAAUAUAUGUGCCCAGUUUAUGAUAGUACAGUUUCAAUUUAUGGUGACAUUUCCCUAAAGACAAUAAAAGUCACUAUUUGCUUCCCCCAUCUCUUUGCUUACUCUUAUGUCUUCCAUCUUGUACAGUAGGUCACAGUGUGCUGUAGGUAGGAAGCAGGCAGCAAGCUGCUUGUUAACUUUAGUAGGCUAUGGUAGCAAAAGAGAUGCCAAAUAUAAUUAAAAUCUACAUCAGUUUUAGGCUUAUGACCAAACUAUGACUAAUGCUACCAAAAAGAGAAAAAAAAAGAAAGCUAAAGAGAAACAGCCGCUGCAUAAAAGCUAUUUUUCAGUCGUUUGCAGAAACUAUUUUUUAUGGAAUUUUGGGAAGGGGGGGGGGGGGGUAGUAAGAGUGAAGACAGCUUUCCACAACAGCAGGAAUGUCUCGGUGUCUCAUUAUGGUGUCCAUGUCAAUGCAUGCUUGGUAUUAUAAGUAUAUGUUGUAAACAUCUGUGAGAAUGGGUCUGCUUUUUCUCAUGUUCUCUAAAUAAACAGCAGACAGCUUCCAUAAUAGGAAAAGUAUUGUUUUACAUCUCCAGAGAAAUUAUAUUUAGUUUGCUUAAUCCAAAAUGAGCAUGAUGACUGUAAGAUGACUUGCUUAAACUGUAAUCAACUUCACAUUCAAUGUUGUGCAUUUAUCUGCACGUUGGUGAAUGGAUGUGAUUUGGCUUGAAGUCUGUGCACAAAAAUACCUUAUGGAAGAUCUUGCAAGUAUAGCUCCAGACCUCAGUGAAAUUUUCUCUGGAUGCUAAAUUUGCUUUCUUGUUGCUGUCACAAUAAAGUCAAGUUCUCAAGACUGAA